CUAUUAUUUGUGUUAGAAGUAGUUUAUCAAGUUUCCAACAUGUUAGUCCCUUGUUUUUUGUUACUUCUUUUCAGUUGUCUGUCGUUUAAUUGCUCUCCAUUGUCAGAAGGGAUGGGAGAAACAAUCGUUGACAAUACAAUCGACUCUGCUCAAGCCUCGAGGCCUACUUACAACUUUCCAGACGAAGAGUCCGGGAAAAACGUCGAAAAAUGGGAAGAAAACUCUGGUGUUAAUCCCGAAGAAAUGGGAAAUUAUUUAGAAGGUGAUAUAAUGUUACCACCUCAUUCCUUAACAAGGAAUGGACUAAGCGAUCAGUCCUUAAGAUGGAAAAACGGAGUGAUACCUUAUGUGAUACAAGGUUAUUUCUCAAAUAAUGCCCUGAAUUUAAUUAAAAAAGCCAUCGGCAUAUACCACAAGUAUACAUGUAUAAGAUUCGUCGAAAAAAAAAGUACAGACGUUGACUACAUCGCUAUCACAAGUGGGAACUCUGGAUGUUGGUCCAACAUUGGCAGGAUUACGGGCAAACAAGAAGUAAAUCUCCAGACACCGGCUUGCACCACGAAAGUGGGAACAAUUUUACAUGAAUUGAUGCAUGCGUGCGGAUUCUAUCACGAGCAAAAUCGCCCUGAUAGAGACAACUAUGUCACCAUUGGCUUUGGCAAUAUAAAACCAGGCCAUGACUCCAACUUCAAAAAGGCUUCAGCAGAAACAACCAAUGAUUUCGGAGUUACCUAUGAUUACAGAUCUGUCAUGCACUAUUCCGAACAUGCAUUCUCGAGGAAUGGAAAACCUACAAUAGUACCAAAGGAAUCAGUAGCAGUAGGUAAAAUGGGCCAAAGAGAAGGGUUCAGCAGGAAAGAUCUGAUAAAGCUGAAUGCCAUGUACAAUUGCCCGGAUAUUCCUGCUGAAUUUACCACCGUAGCACCUGAACAAGGAGGUGGUAAUGCGAGUGGUGGAGGACCUGGUGAAUUUUUAUCGGCCAUUUUCAGCUUAUUAGAUAAGAAAAAAUAAUGAAAUAUAAUAUGCAAUGCUA